UGACACUGAGCUGGAGGGGCAGAAUUCAAGGGGACACGCACUUCCUGGAGCUGCUACAGCCAUUGCGGGGAAAAAAAAACAAAGUAACCCAUGGAAGACGUAACUUCAAAGUUGUAACCCGUCCUCAAAUGGAUCGAAAAUGGCGUUUGUGUGAUACGGAGUAUUUAUAUAUGCUGUUAUCGCAGAUAUAAGAUCAGUUAUACCCCAUGUCACGGGCGACUGAGUUUAUGAGGGACGAACAGUCUACGGCGAGGGACUAUUACUUCAUCCCUAGGCUGUAGCAAGCUAUCUUGCUAAUGUAACCAGGCCAGGCCUAACGUAGUAGCUCCAACAUUAGCUAGCUCCUUGUUUUUGUUAAUUAUUGUCCGUUUACGUUGGCGGUGAAAGUUUGUCUCUGCAAUACUGGUUCGUCUGGGCAUAGCAAAGUCUGUGCAGUCUCACGUCGAGAUAAAUGUCUUGCUAACAAACGUUAGCCGUCAAGAUAUUUGGACUGACAGACUAGAGUAGCUAACAAGCUAGUUAGCCUGUGGCUGUAGAGUUCGCAAAGUUACAUAUUUUUAUCAGAAAACUGUAACGCUGUAUACGUGUCGUUAUUGGUAACACAUCUGAAUACAUACUUUUCUUCAGAUAUUUUAUUGUUAUCACAAUCACUGGUUUUAAUGAAUAGCUAGCGUAGUAGCUAGCAAUGUCUGUUCCUUCUGCCGAUAUGAUUGAAACACCACCUGGAUAUCCUUUUGAAGAAAUCGAUUAUGUGGAUAUUGAAGUUGAAGAGGUGGUGGGACGAGGUGCCUUUGGUGUUGUUUGUAAAGCCAAGUGGCGAGGCAAAGAUGUCGCAAUCAAAACAAUAGAGAGUGAAUCUGAGCGGAAAGCCUUUCAAGUUGAGUUGCGGCAGCUCUCUCGCGUGAACCAUCCCAACAUUGUGAAGCUGUAUGGCUCAUGCAACAACCCAGUAUGUCUGGUAAUGGAAUAUGCAGAGGGGGGCUCUCUGUAUAAUGUGCUGCAUGGUGCCGAACCCCUCCCCCAUUACACGGCCUCCCAUGCCAUGAGCUGGUGUUUACAGUGCUCCCAGGGAGUCUCCUAUCUACAUGGCAUGAAACCAAAGGCUCUCAUUCACAGGGACCUCAAGCCACCCAACCUUCUUCUGGUAGCUCAUGGCACGGUACUGAAGAUCUGUGACUUUGGAACAGCGUGUGACAUUCAGACACAUAUGACUAACAAUAAAGGCAGCGCAGCGUGGAUGGCACCCGAGGUGUUUGAAGGAAGUAAUUACAGUGAGAAGUGUGACGUGUUCAGCUGGGGCAUCAUCCUCUGGGAGGUCAUCACUCGCCGGAAGCCCUUCGAUGAGAUCGGAGGCCCAGCCUUCCGCAUCAUGUGGGCCGUGCACAACGGCACACGUCCACCACUGAUCAAGCACCUGCCCAAGCCUAUUGAGAGUCUGAUGACACGCUGCUGGUCCAAAGACCCGUCACAGAGGCCCUCCAUGGAGGAGAUAGUGAAGAUCAUGGUCCACCUGAUGAAGUACUUUCCAAGAGCUGAUGAACCCCUCCAGUACCCGUACCAGUACUCAGACGAAGGACAGAGCAACUCUGCCACCAGCACAGGGUCGUGCUUGGACUACACCUGCACCAGCACCAGCAACAAGAGUGACAACAACAUGGAACACAGUAACUCUCCAGGGAGCAACGACACUAUCAAGAUCAUGGAGACUAAGUUUGCACCCUUCAAACCAAAGCCGGACCCGCGAGGCAGCCUGCCCCUGUCCCGAGGGGGCAGCGUGGAGAGCCUCUCCGGGAGGACACCGUCCCUCGCCUCCUCCGACAGCAAGAGAAUGAGCGCCGACCUCUCAGAGAAUGCCUUCGCUCCUGCAGGCAGAGCACGCCCCCAGUAUAAACGAGGUCACCGUAAAACGGCAUCGUUUGGCACCAUUCUCGAUGUCCCCAAGAUCGUCGUCACAGCUUCCUGUGAGCCCCAGAGACGGCGAUCAGUGCAGGACCUCCCAGCGGUGGUCAGCGAGUCCACUCCGGGGAGUAGAAACAGCAGCAGGUCUUCCAGCCCCAGUGUGAGGAUAACGCCAGACAAGACAGAUACCAACGGCUCAGACAACUCCAUUCCCAUGGCAUAUUUGACUCUAGACCACCAGCUGCAGCCCCUGGCUCCGUGUCCCAACUCUAAAGAAUCCAUGGCUGUGUUCGAGCAGCACUGCAAAAUGGCCCAGGAGUACUUGAAAGUCCAGACCGAAAUCGCCUUGCUGAUCCAGAGAAAGAAAGAGCUGAUUGCGGAACUGGACCAGGAUGAAAAAGACCAGCAGAACACGUCCCGUCUGGUCCAGGAGCACAAGAAGCUGCUGGAGGAGAACAAGUCCCUGUCCACAUACUACCAGAAGUGCAAGAAGCAGCUGGACCUGAUCCGGGGGCAGCAGCCCAAGAGGCAGGGCACAUCCUGAUGGAGUACACCACCACCACCUUCCUUGGAGCUCGUGCUACCCAAUCAUACAAGCUACAUCACUCACACACACACACACACACACACACACACACACACACACAGCCACACGCGCACACACACACCUCCAGGCAGACAGUAUGCCCAAAGCCCUCUCCUUGUGUUUGGGGAUUAGAUCUAGUCAAGUGUCAAAGCCCUCCCAACAUGGUCCCACCCUUCUGCAUCGUGGUGGAGCCAGUCCCCCCUCCACUGUCCUUUUAAAAGAGAGCUGCAGUCCACUGCGCCCAUGCAUGCUACAUGCUACAUGCUACGAGAUGGCAUCACCUGGGGUCAGGACGCGUGAGAGGAACUGGGGACUUUUUGCACCCUGGACUCAGCGGUUGAGUGCGUGAGUUUUGUUAGGUAUCUGUCCAAAGUUUCCUAGACCAAAUGAUUAGGCCGUGCUCCAUUAGCCCAUUUGAGCCGUGUGUGUGUGU